UGGUGUGUUGACAUGACGUCACAAGGCUGCGCCACGCUCUUGUGUCUGUGAUUUUGCUGAAGAAAGAGUCUCCAAACACACAGAAAAACUCCUGGAGAAGCGACUGAGAUCCACGUGACACACUAUUAUAAAGAUGGAGUUUAUUAAAGAGGAGAGUGAAGACGUGAAGGUUGAAGAAACAUUCAUAGUGAAACAUGAAGAAACUGAGGAACAAACAAAGAUUGCAUUUAUUAAAGAGGAGAGUGAAGACAUGAAGAUAGAAGAAACAUUCAGAGUCAAACAUGAAGAAACUGAGGAACAAACAAAGAUGGCAGUUUAUUAAAGAGGAGAGUGAAGACAUGAAGAUUGAAGAAACUGAGGAACAAACAGACCUGAUGGCACUGAAAGAGGAGAAUCAAGAAUUUAAUGAAACAAAAGAGAAAAAUCAGUAUGAGAAAUGUCAUGAUUUCAGUACUGGAGAAAAAAAAAGUAUUUACUCACAGACUCAUAAAACAGGAACUAGAAACCCUAAAGUCCACAUGAGAGUUCACACUGGAGAGAAGCCUUUCAUGUGCUCUCAAUGUGGAAAGAGAUUUACACAGAAAAAAAACCUUAACGCCCACUUGAGAGUUCACACCGGAGAGAAGCCUUUCCCCUGUCAACAGUGUGGAAAGAGUUUCUCACUAAAAGGAAAUCUUAAAACUCACAUGAGAGUUCACACCGAAGAGAGGCCGUUCAUAUGCUCUCAGUGUGGAAAUUGUUUUAAACAGAAAAAAAACCUUGUUGCCCACUUGACAGUUCACACUGGAGAGAAGCCUUACACCUGCAAACUGUGUUGGAAGAGUUUCUCACUAAACAGACUUCUUAAGACUCACAUGAGAUAUCACACUGGAGAGCAGCUUUUCACCUGCAAAGUGUGUGGGAAGAGCUUCUCAAGAAAAGACACUUUUAAGACUCACAUGACAAUUCACACGGGAGAGAGGCCGUUUGUUUGUGAUCAGUGUGGAAAGAGCUUCAGAUAUAAAGAAAACCUUACUUAUCACAAGAGGAUUCAUUCAGGAGAGAACUGUUUUAAAUGUCAACUGUGUGGAAGGACUUUCACAAACAGAUCAAGCCGUGAAGUUCACAUGAGAUUUCACACUGGAGAGAAGCCUUUCACCUGCCAAGAGUGUGGAAAGAGUUUCGUAUCUAAAGGAAACCUUAAGACUCACAUGCGAGUUCACACUGGAGAGAAGCCUUACAAGUGUCUUCAGUGUGAGAUGUGUUUCACAUAUCACACAGACCUGAAACGGCAUUUGCCAACUCAUUCUUGAAAGAAAUUGCCAUUUUCCUCAAUGUUAGAAAAAGGAGUAAACUUCAGCAAUAAUUUGUGCAUUCACUCUGGAGAAAGACUAUUCAGUUGUGAUCAGCGUAAUAAAACAUCACACUUACACAUAGGAUACAUAUGAAAUGUGAGACCCUGUUCGUGUUCUUUGUUAAAGAGUACCCUUGCAAAAAAUUAUAUUUCAGUGUGCCGGUAGUACACUACUUUUAAAUUUUCAGUCUAAUUUAUGUCAGAAAUAUACUUAAAAUUACACUCAAGUGUACUUGAAUUAUACAGACAGAAAAGUCUAGUUGGGUUACACUUGUACCCAAUUGUUUGAUAUAUUGAAAGUGUAAUUAAGAAUUGCAAGUGUUCUUGAUUGGAAGUUGUGCUUACUCUUUUGAUUGAGUCACCUUUUAAAUACUGUUUUCACACUGUUGUACAUACUGCUCUCUAAAAAAAUGUUUGAAAAUAUUGAUUUCUAAAGAAAACUGAUAUGCUCCUAA